AGGGAUAAAGACCUCCGGGAGCUGGGGAUUUCUCCUGCAGCAGCCACCUCUUCCCUGGCUCUCUCCUUCUCUCUUUUCCUAAAGCAGCUCCCCAGAAACCCAAGAUGGCACCAAAGAAGCCCGAACCUAAAAAGGCAGAACCUAAGAAGGAAGAAGCCAAACCAGCUCCUAAACCAGCAGAAGCAGAGCCCCCAAAAGAAGCUGAAUUUAACCCAGCUUCUGUCAAAGUUGAAUUCACCCCUGAUCAGAUUGAAGAAUUUAAGGAAGCUUUCUCUCUAUUUGACCGCACUCCCAAAUCAGAGAUGAAAAUCACGUAUGCCCAAUGUGGAGACGUCUUGAGAGCUCUGGGCCAGAACCCAACCCAGGCUGAGGUCAUGAAACUGCUUGGCAGACCCAAACCAGAAGAGAUGAACUCAAAGAUGAUUGACUUUGAGACCUUCCUGCCCAUGCUCCAGCAUAUUGCCAAGACCAAAGACACAGGCACCUACGAGGACUUUGUGGAAGGUCUUCGUGUCUUUGACAAGGAGGGAAAUGGAACAGUGAUGGGGGCUGAACUCCGCCACGUUUUGGCUACACUGGGUGAGAAGCUGACUGAAGAUGAAGUAGAUAAACUGAUGGCUGGUCAGGAAGAUGCCAAUGGCUGCAUCAACUAUGAGGCUUUUGUGAAACACAUCAUGGCAAACUGAAUACCAGGACAAGAGAAGUGUUGGGAAGCCCAGCUGUUGGAUUUGGAUUUGGAGGUCUUCUCAUUUUUCAGCCCAGAUUCCCAGUGCAGAGCUCCCAAAAUGUGCUGCCCUGAAAGUUAUUUGGAGAAAUGGUUUUUGGUUGGUUUGUUUGUUUUGUUGUGUUUCUUCAUGGGAAUAGGAGAAGGUUGAAUUCACUCAGGAAAUGGAAGAAACUGGAAUCUGAACAAUGAAUACCUGGGCACUGUUAUUUUUUAUUUUUUUUUUCUGGUACACAGCAAUAUAAAAAUUGUUAAACAAUGGAUGACUAAAUCAAUCAAAAAUGUGUUUGUCAUUUAGUCUUAUCCUUCCCUCCCCUCUUCCUUCCAAAACAACUGGACCUUUCUCUUUGUGCUUUAGUGCAUUUGUGAAAAAAAUAACUCAAAGAGAGGAAGGAUGAAAAGGAAUUCAACCAGUUGUAUAAAUGUAUGCAAGAGAAGAACACUAAAACCAGAAUAUCUAGCAAUUAAUAAUAAGCACAACCUUGUUCACAUGGUCCUGAACUUUAGAAGAUAACACUGUUAAAAUAUAAGAUGUAAAAGAAGGAAAAAA